UGGCUGGUAUGACUGACAUGGCUGCUCCGAAACAAGUGGAAGACGACCAACAAUUUCGGGAACCAGGACCCGACUUGAGCCGUGCCCAAUUAAAGCUGCUGAGAGGAGGAGCUGGAAUCUACUUUUUCUUCAUUUGGUAUGGACGGUUGCAAGAACAGAUCUUCAAGUACAAGUCGCCUUCCGGAGCGAAGUUCACUUCGGUCUGGUUUCUGCAAUUUCUUGAUGCAUUAGCCAAUGUGGCGGUGGGUGCUUUGGGCCGUUGCCUCGAAGGUAGUACUCCACUUCCACAGGCCUUUCUGCUGUGUUGUGGCUUUGGACAGGUGCUGUCGAAGUACAGCACGAGUGCAUCCUUGUCUGUCGGUCUUUCCUUUUCCGUGGCGACCAUGGCGAAAUCUGCCAAGAUGGUUCCUGUGAUGAUUGGUUCGCUUUUGCUUGGAUCCAUAACCUUUUCCUCCACUCAAAUUUGUCAAGCUGCAGCCAUCGUUUUGGGCACAGGAAUCGUUUCCUUCGCCGAAGGCCGAAACAAGAAAAGUGGCGAGAGCACAAAGCUGGGGCUCUUUUUCAUCAUGAGCUCCUUAUUCUGCGAUGGUAUAGUCAGCGGCCUUCAGCAGCGACUCAAGGACCGAUGCGAGGCCGAGAAGACGAAGGUGCGAUCCUAUGACCUGAUGUUUUGGACCAAUCUCUACAUGGCAGUAGCAUCCUUGCUAUUUGCUGUGGCACGAUCAGAGAUGCGCGAGGGCGCCAGGUUCUGCCUGCAGAAUCCCCUCCUGGCGCGGAAGAUCUUGAAGUUUGCUUUGUGUGGUGCUUUGGGACAGGCUUGCAUUUUCUACACCAUUGCAAACUUUGAUAGUGUGGUGUGCUCUGCUCUGACCUCCACUCGGAAGCUUCUCUCCGUCAUGAUCUCCGUGCUUGAAGGUGAGGGCCUUCCCUACUUCGGAUGGGUCGGUGUGGUCAUUGCAUCCGUGGGCAUUACAGGCGAAAUUGGGUCGGACAGGCACGGCACAAAGCAACCCCUGAGGAAGCUGCCUCCCAGUGGACCCAGCAUCUCGUGACGGAGCUGGUACUUCGCCUCGAGAUUUCGGAUCAUAAAUUCAACCUUUGGGCCCCUUUGGGCCGAAGGUUUGUUGAACCGCAUGAUGGCUGAUCCAGAAUUGUUUUCUGUGCCCAGUAAGUCAAAGACCGACAUGCUGAGACGAGUGGUCGCUGAACAUCGGCGAAUUCCUCUAGCAGUGGGUCAUGACACGUUUUCCAAGUGUCUUGUUGCUGGGUGGUUCAAAA